CAUACACACACACACACAUACACACUACCUCACUCUCUCAUGCUCACUCUCUUACAACUCAAGCAGCAGUUUGAUGGAGUAUCUUUUCAUUUCUUGGACACUCAGCAGCCAGCUCUCUCAGACACCCAUACACACUCACUCACACACUCACUCACUCACUCACUCACUCACACACACUCCCAUAUACACAUACAGAAGGCAGGCAUGCUCACGCCCACACACCCUCAGUAGUGUGUGUCUGGACUGAGUAACUGCAGUUUUGUGGUUGCUUCUUUGAAUCUCCUGGACCACUUACGUUGAGUGUCUCCUCAGUCGGACUGCGAGGAUUUGCCCAUCAAGUACGGCUCUCGGGAUUCCAUCCUCAGCCAUCGACGUGGCUGCAAGUGGUGGAAAAAAGGGAAGACCAGGGAGAGUUCUGUUGCGGAGAGGAACAGCGCUGGCAGUGGUGGCAGGAAACGGGCGGCCUCUGGCCUUAACGGACGUCCAGCCAUGCGCUGCUCAACGCUGUUGGUUAUCUUUGCGGCUGUCCUUCUCUACCUGGUGAUGGGGGCAUUGGUGUUCAAUGCACUGGAGGCCCCAGCUGAGGAAAAACAAUACAAUGAGCUGUACGACAACCUGCGGAACACAUGCAGCAUAUUCUUAGAGAGUUAUAGCUGCAUAAGCUCUGAAAAUCUACACGAACUCCUUGAGAACAUUACAGAAGCCAUUGAAGCAGGGGUCAACGCAAAGAACAACACGUUCAGCAGCAGCUGGGACCUGGCUAGUGCUUUCUUCUUCUCCGGCACCAUCAUCACUACCAUCGGUUAUGGGAAUAUCUCCCCACAGACAAAAUGGGGCAAGCUGUUCUGCAUCUGCUAUGCCCUGGUAGGCAUCCCCUUGUUUGGGUUCCUGCUAGCUGGAGUAGGGGACCAUCUGGGCACAGGGCUGAGGAAGGCCAUCGCUAAGAUAGAGAUGCUGUUCAUGAAGUGGAAAGUGAGCCCCACUAUUAUACGAGUCAUAUCUGCUUUGCUGUCCAUCAUGCUGGGCCUUGCGCUCUUUGUCUUUGUUCCCACGAUGGUGUUCCAAGAGGUGGAGGAGUGGGACGUGCUGGACUCCACCUACUUCGUGGUCAUCACAUUAACCACUGUGGGCUUUGGAGACUAUGUCGCUGGUGAUGGAAAUGUGUAUGGGCAAGACCACUGGUACAAACCUCUGGUGUGGUUUUGGAUCUUACUCGGCUUGGCCUACUUUGUUUCCAUUCUCGCAAUGAUUGGAAACUGGCUUCUUGUCCUAUCCAAAAAGACACGCGCUGAGAUGGAAGAGCUGAGAGCACAUGCAACUGACUGGACUCAGAACAUCCAGAACAUGUCUGUGGAUUUCCGCAUCCCUGGCAAACUGGAUGAAACAUUCAAGCGUCGUUCACGGAGAAAGCGUCGUGGCCACCGCAGUCAUGGUGGCACCCACAGCCAUUCAGGUGCAGCUCCAGGAGAGGGCGGACAGCCCGGCAGCCAUUCAGGCUCCGGAUCCUCUGGCUCGUACUCAACAUCGUCUAAUGAGUCAGACUCUGAGAAGUCUGAGGCAGGCUCAGCGGGUACUCAGACGGAACGAGUCCAAGAUAAAGAUGAGAAAGAACCUAGCACGCUCCCUAAAAUUUCUAAAGACCCCACUAUCUCCCAACCGUUGGAUUACUUUGGAGAGAAUCUCGCCUUCAUUGACGAGUCUUCAGAUGCUGUUAGUGGGAAGCUUCACCUGGACCCACUGAUGGACUCAUCAGAUUAUCAAGCAGCUGUGCAGCAGAAGGCCAAGAAGAGACGUCCAAGGAGACCAGCGCCAAGGAAAUCGCCCAAAACUAGCCCCACCAUGCUGGAGCACAGUAAGCCAAAUGGGGAUGCUGUGCCUCCUAAUCACACCCCACCUCCUCCACCAAAGCCUUAACUAGGAAGUGUGUGUCUGUGAUGAUGUGCAUUACUGUGGCUGUCCUCUACAAAGCCCUUUUGCAAUGGUGCCACUGCUUUGAGACUAAACUUGCUGUUCUGUCAAUGGCAGAAAUGUCUUUGUGCCUGAUUCCGCACAAAAAAGAAAGAAGAGAAGAAGCUUUUUCUUUAAAAAUACAAAAAAACUGGGCAGAAGUUCACAGUGACAAGUCACUCACACUUGCUUAUAGACUAAAGCUAAUCUUUUAGCCCCAUCUACUGGUGAAUUCUGGAGCUGGAGGUGGCUUAUCAGUGUGAUGAAGUACAGCACCCUCAGCUGCUGACCUGGCUGGCCUUUAGUAAAUUGCCUUUAAGCUUCUUGUAUUUUUUUAAAUUUUAUUUUAUUAAAUCGACUUAACUGUGCUACGCAUAGAUGCGGCAUUGCGUGCAUCUCAGACAUUGUUGUUAUGUCUGGCAUUUCCGCAAUGCUAAAUCUUACACACCAUCAUCUGACUCAUAUCUACUGACCUUUAGUUUGGCACUUUUGUGCCAUUGCAUAUUACAUUCUUUCUUCCUCACCCAGAUCUCCUUCAUAUGGUUCAUGAAUGGACACUGAACAAGAUAAUCACAGAUAUCAGGGGGUUGUAUUCAGAAAUUAUAUUAUGAACUGAAUGUGUACAAUUUGAAGUUGUGCACAAGCUUAAAAUAGAUUGAGAAGUAUAGUGAAAUGCAGUGGUUUACAAACAUGAUACUGGAGGACCAGGCCUUGCAUAUUUUGGUGUUUUGCCCUGCUCUAACACCAACUCAAAAAAAACAAAACUAUUUAACUUACUGUACUAAGAAUUUUCAACAGAUUAUUGAUUACUUUUUUUAAUUUGGUAGAACUAGGAGAAGAACUUCUGUAAAUUAUGUUUCUACCCUAUUUUGUAAAGUUGACAUAAUGUUAACGAGUGAUCUACUCAUACCACACUUUUAGUUUGUUAAUGGUCCAGUUUGAGAACAUAUUCUCAGCAAAUGUUCAAAAUAUAACCUUCUGUUGCAGCCAAAAAACAAGAAGACUGGGCAAUCUAAUAUAACAACAACAAUAAAUUCUACCAACAGAUGCAGACAACUGAUGGUAACUAAAAACGUAAAGGGAAAUAAGUACUGGGGAGGUAAACACUUCAGGCUCUUGUAGAUCUGUGACAGGAACAAUAUGAUAUCUACGUGGCAUUGACCUUAGCCUUCUGGUUGAGUCAGACAAGUGCUGGCAACAUUUUUACAGUGUAGUCUUGAUGGUUGCAGUACUAAACCAAAUGCACAAACUCUGGCUUACACUUAUGCAAGAAGAAUUCAUACUUGAACUCUAGAAGAGUUUUCUCAAGAAGAACUGCAGGAAUGAUGCAGAAUAUCGAGGCUCCCUGUCAGUGCAGCCCUUGUUUCCCCUAGAGGAAAUCAGUAUCUCUGGAGGAGAUGAGCAGGCAGUACCAGAGGUAUUGGGUGGAACUCCAGGGAUAGGAGAAUCUGACAGGUUGAGGGCACUGCUACUGCUACUUUUUUCGUUGGUGAAGCCGACAGUUCUGGAGUAGCUUAUAACACUCAGCGCAAGUUCUCUGUGGUUGACCCCAGAGGGUUCUGGGUUUUGCAGCCUAGUGCAGCACCCCAUCAGCAUCAAUGGAAGAUACAAAGCACUAGUGAUGGCAUUUUUUUGGCAUUUGGACGGGCAGUGAGUUUUUUGGCCACACAUCUGCUGAUGCAAUCACAGAAGCCAAUGACAAAGCCAUUGGCACCAUCCUCUGACAGGAUGGGUCGAAAAGAGGAUGCAGAAUGACACUGCUGUAUUAUUGGAGAGAUGCAAUUUACUUUAUUGAACCUGUUCAUGGAGUCCUAGGAGCCCAAGGGCCAGUGUGUCUUACCGUGCUACAGGGGAACUAUUUUACCAUUCAGCACAAUGGUGGUUGCCAGCCUUCCCAAGUGCUAAUAUUGUAAGAGAAAUGCUGCUGAUGGUGUCACUGUAUUGGAUGCCGGGAGCUGUGUGUAAGUUAAAAGCGGCUAGUGAUUGGGUGCCUCAAAGACAUGGACUAACUAUGUAAUUCCACUCACAGAGCCAUAAUCUUGUAUAAGGUAUGGAGGAGUGGUGCAGUCCAUAAAACUGGCUUGCCCUUUCCCGGCCCUAAGAGUGCCCUAACAGAGCACAGCACAGUUGUGGUCCACUGAGACCUCGUUCCAAGAACACUAAGUGGGGUGCAAGACAGUUGUAGUCAUUGGAGAUCCUGUAUCAAGCAAAUUUGAUGAAUAUGAUUGUUCAAAUCCUAUUAGCUUUAUAUAUUUAUUUUAAUGCAUACAUUUUGGAGUGCACUUGCUUCAUAUAAUUAGCUAAAUUAAUGUGCGUGUUGCAGCAGGGAAACCACUAAAAUGUGACCUGCUGGGGGCCUUCAGGAAAUGGAUUGGGAACCACUGCCAUAAAUCAUUUUAAAGAACACUUAACAAUUAUAAACCCAAUAUCUGUCUGUCUGUUGCAUUUGUAGCACAUUGUCAGUUACCACAGACUGUAAUAUGAUGCGUUUUAGUAAAAGAGCAGACAGCCCGUUGGCUCGAAAUUGACUGAUAAUACAAUGGGCAGUUCAUUCAGCCCAUGCCCAUUGACCCCUAACAUAAGUGUCUCCUAACAACUUUUUUGUUGUUGUUCAUUUGUUUUCUAGUAUACUAGUAUAAGGAACUACAUACCACAUUGACUAAUUUGGGCUGUGGUUACCAACCCUACAGUAUGUGUACAUAUGUGGCUUAUAGAGAUCAGGUUAAAAAUGGUGAAGUAUUCAUUUUACCCAGUAAACUCAGGGCUCUUCCCUUAGUUAUCUAUUCACUGUGUUCACAAAGUAAUUGCCUUAUAAAAUCUUCAUUAAGCUUUUAACACAGCAGUGACUCAUGGUAAAAGUCUCAUGGUAAAAGUGCCUCAGUCUUCUUUUAUAACACAGCUUUGUCACACACACACACACAUACACACACUUUAAUUUUCUAACUCCACACCACUCCUCCAACAGCAUGUGAUUUACAAUAUAUACUCACUAAACUGAGUGUGUAUAUCUCCUCUCUCUGUCCACUCAACUCUGAGCUGUCUCUACCAUAUUGUUUAAUGAUUACUGCACUUUAUCAGCUAUAAGCAUGGUUUAAAAUGAGAAAAGUAGCUCUUACCUCCCAUAAUGCAUGACAGAACUGUUGAUAUAUGUUGUAUUUGGGCUGUUGGUGUUCUUCAGGAGAUCGUACACCAGAUAUAAGCAAACGGAAGAUUCUUUUCAAUCAUAAUCUAAAUAUCUGUAAGACACUGUCAUUUUUAAUAAUAAAUUCAAUGAAAAUGUU